AUGGGCGCCGGAGCCUCUUCGAAGUCGAACAGAAAGAAGGGAGAGAUCGACAGGAUGGUUACCAUGGCGCGAUCCAGCAUGACAAGAAGUCAAAAAAGGGCCUCAGCCGCCCUUGCUAAGAUCAGUGACAUGGGGCAAGAGCAAUGUCUGGAGAUGGCAGAGCAGGGUGUUAUCGCCGUCACUGUUGGAAACCUUUCGGAGAGCAAAAAUGCUUCUGUUCGCCUCAACUCUGCCAAGAUCCUUAAGAACCUCUCCAAGUACCCUGCAAACUACGCACAGCUGAUCGAGGCAGGGCGUCCUCCUCCUACCGAAGGGGCUGCAAGGACAAUGGUCGAGUUGUUCCGCCACAAGAAGCCUCGGGACCUCCAUCUUGAGCUCGUACAUGGAGUGAACGAGUUAGCGCAAGCAGUCGAGUCCCGACCUCAGCUGGUAGAGUCUGUUCCUCAUCUCAUCAAGUUCGUCCAGGUCUCCGACCUCGAACGGCAGUUCAAGAUCAUGAAGAUGGGGGGGAUGCACCUUGCGUUCCAAUAUGUGCAAUCGGAGUUCCACACGUACAAACACAAAAGUUUAGCCAUGAAGAUUUUGGCUGAGAUAUCCGCAGCGAUAGCAUGCCACAAGUACGUCUUUGGGUAUGAGGACAAGCAAGGAAUUCACAUCAUCUCAAGGCUGUGCCGCAUCAAAGAUGAAGAGAUGGUUCCUUUUUGCGCUCGAACGGUGGAGCGAUUGGUUGUUGAAGAAAAGAAUGCAAAGGCGUUUGUAGAGGAGGGCGUGCUGAAGGAAUUUCAAUGGAUGCUCUCUCAUCAGACCCCGACUGUCAUCCUGGGAGCUCUCGAAGCUCUUGGCGCCAUUGCACGAUUCCCGCCAGUACUUGGCCUUGCUCAAUUCCAGCAGAGGAGUGACGUGCGCUCAGUUUGCCCGCUGACCUCCAACCCGCACGAGGCACUUCGGAUCGCUGCUGUCAGGCUCCUAGCGCUGCUUGCACAACAUCCGCAGAACAAGGCAAGAAUUAUCUACAAUGGCGGUCAUGAAGUGCUGCUGUAUCAUGGAGAGCAUUCACCGUAUCCGGAUGUAAAGGAGCUGGCGAAAUAUGCCGCAGCGGAUCUUCUCAAUCUGCCUGAAGCCCGCCUCAACAAGACCCUCCAUCGAGCAGCUCACAGGUUCAGGGACAAUGCUCGCAAUGCUCUUGAUGACCUCGAGGAGAGGAUGUCAACGAGCAGUCAAAAGGAUCGUGGCAAGGAGCUCGUUGCAAAGAUCCUCAAGCAGCAAGGGGAGGAAGAGGAAUCUUCAGAUGAUGACAAGUAA